AUGAAUUCGAACCAUGUUUAUCAAAUUGAAUGGAAUGUCACAUCGGAUUAUCGUCCAAAGUUACACAUAUCCCAUCCCACGGGGCCAGAAGCACCUGAAAGUAUGCAUCGCAUUCUUAACGAUGAAGUUUGCAUUUUAGUGAGACAACCUCCCUGGAAUCUCAGUGGAUUUACGGAUAACCCCAAGGACAAUCAACACCAAACGCUGGUUCGCUAA